AAAAUGGCCCCCUCCAUCGCCCUCAUCAUAACCAGCACCCGCACCCCCCGCGUCGGCCCCUCCAUCGCAUCCCUCAUCACCGCCAUCCUCGCAAAGCACAUCCCCUCCUCCUCGAACCCCUCAGCAGCCCUCAAGACCGUCGACCUCGCCCCCUUCCGCCUCCCCGUCUUCGACGAGCCCGUCGUCCCCGCCAACGUCCCCGCCCGGGCCUCCUUCGUCCACGACCACUCCAGGCGCUGGUCCGCCGAGGUCGCCUCCCACGACGCCUACCUCCUGCUCGUCCCCGAGUACAACUACGGCAUGGCCGGCAGCACCAAGAACGCAAUCGACUACCUCAAGAACGAGUGGGACGGGAAGCCCGCCGCCGUCGUCAGCUACGGCAUCUCGGGCGGCAAGAUCGCCUCCGAGCAGGUCGCCACGUCGCUCCAGGGCGUCGGCCUCAGGGUCUCCAAGACGAGGCCGCAGCUUGCGUUUGCGGGCGGCGUCGGGCCCGAGGCGUUUUUGGCUGUCGGGGAGGGCAAGCUGGGGGAGACUUCGAGGAGGGAGUGGGAGGAGAAGCAUGCGGGGGAGAUUGUGCAGGCUUUUGAGGAGAUUCUCGAGGCGUUGGCGAAUCCUGUUGAGAAGAAGGACUGA